AUGUGUGAGAAAGAAAUGGAUGAGAUGCAGCUGCCACCACCACCAAGAAUUCUUCCUACAAGAUCAGCUUCCUCCAAGAUGGGGAACCAGAGGCUACCAAACCUCCUUGACACAAAUGCACCCUUUGUCUGCCGUUUUUCAGCCAGAGAGGGUCCCACAUUUACUAAGGAUCCUGUGGCUCAGGGGAUCCUUGAGGGUUCAACACUUGCCAAGAAAUGGUACCGAUAUCAGCCAGUUGUGUCAUUGCCGAAAAUUACUCCUGCGAAGACAGAAGAGGUUGAUGUUGACAAAGAUUCCCCAGUACCUCAGGAACAAAAUCUCGAACUGAAGAAAAGCAGGAAGAAAAGGGCAGAAGAGAGUCUUCAGCUGAAUUCAUCGCCAGAUCAACCUCUUAAGAAGAGGAGAAAAUCAACUACAGUGUGGGCACAUCUCCAGGACCUUCGUAAGAUAGAAAAGGCACACGGUGGCCAGCCUAGAAAGGGAAGAUCUGCUUCAACUGGACCAAGACAAAGUGAAGGAAGUGAGGCCAGCAGUUAUUCGCCCAAAGGUGUGUCUAUACUAAAGCCCAAUGUAGAGAUGUCCAAGGGAGAGCAAUACUCAGAUGAUUCCGAUGGAGCUGUGCCUCAACUUGAGUCAAAUAUUGGGCAGAUCAACACACAGCACCUUGCAGACCCAUCUCAUGAAAGGGUCUCUCAACCAAAGUUGAGUGCAGAGAAACCUGAAGCCAAGCUAUCAUCAAAUGGAGCUGUGCCCAUUGUGAAGUCAAAUGCAAAGAUGUCUGAAGCAAAGCAAUCAUCCAGUGGAACUGUAUGUAUACUGAAAUCAAGUGCUAAGAUGUCUGAAGUCCAGAAGUCAUUACGCAUCCCUGAUGGAGCUGUGUCCAUAUUGAAGACUAAUCUGAAGAAGCCUGAAGCAGGGCCAUCACCCAACUUAUCAAAUGGUGCUGCCUCUAUCCUUAAGGAGAACCUUAAGUCCAGGGAGAAAAAAUCACCUGAAACUCUUGAUAAAUCAGUAUCUGCACUGAAACAGGAUACAAAGAAAUCUGAAGCAGAUUCUUCUAGCAUGCGUGAUAAAGAAGCUUAUACACUGAAGCAGAAACUGAAGAGAGAAGUAAAAUUUGCAUUGAAACCACUUCUGAAGAAGGCUGCAGCAGGCCAGUUAACAAUAAAUUGUGAUGAUAAGGAACAUGGAGAAAGUUUGAGAGGGAAUACCUCCAGAGCAUCAACUUCACAAGCACCAUGUGCUACAAAGCAAAACAUUGAAGUGAUUGAUCUUGUGGACAGUCCACCAAGAAAUGUGAGCAACUUGGUGCUACAGCAGAGAAUACAACCUGCUGUAACAUCAGGUACAACACCAGAGGAUUCAGUGAGUACAAGUAAUAUUCCUGCACCAAAAGCUGAGGAAAAUGGUAGCCAUACUUCACCUAUACAGUCUCCUGAACGCAGUAAAUUAGAAAGUUUGGGUGUAUUUGAAUUCACUGCAUGUACCAUCCAAGAAAAGAAAGAUGACUUGAGCAUAUCUGAGCUGGAUCAGAACCUCAGAAGCAUUGUUCAAGACAUGAUUUCCAGUGUUGGAGAAGUGGUUGACGAAGAUCGUCCCAAGAAAGACACAAGCGGAAAGAAGAGUGAGUCUAAGAAGGGUGUUGCUCAUGAUAAACCCCCUCAACGGGAACCACAUGGACCGAGAAAAGCCAAGAAACGAUUUUUGGAUUCAUUGCGAAUGAGACGCCGUGGCCUCAUUAAGCAAGAGGCACCAAAAAAAGGAGGCAAUGGAAGCAAUAAUGUUAAAGGAAAUCAAAAACGAGAGGCACCUUCAUUAAAGGUAGCCAACAAAAGAUCUAAAAACUUUGUGAAAAGAAAAAUGCCUGAUGCACCUCCAUCCAGAAUUCAACCAUUGAACAAAGUGUUGACAGUAAGAUCACUCAAGUUUGAUGGCAAGCAAUGGCAGGAGUCAUCUAGUACCAAUAAACGACCAGAGCCCUCAAAUGAUGGGAAGAAGAAGGAAGAAGAAAGGGUAUACUUGAAAACAGUGUUGAGUCCACAUCGUCUUCUUCCAUACCAGUGUCCCCAUCACACUUCCCUUUCAGAUCGUUUUUCCAAGCAACAGUCAGCUUCUGUUCAUCACAAAGAAGCUGAAAUUGAAGGACAAGACCAAAUUGAGAUCAUUGCUAGUGGGGCUCGUCCAGACUCCUCUUCAGGCACCUUACGAAAGGGCAAGAAGGCAGAGGUCCCAGCACCACAACGUUCGGCCUCCCACCAGAAACUGCUGGAAUUUCUGCAACGGGAGGAAAGUGUAUCAUUGGAAAAGCCUGAGGUGGGUAACACAGUAAUGCGGCUGCGAUCUAGCUCCCGUAUUGAGGGGAGCCUUCCCUAUGCUAACCUUGCCCUGCGAAAGUACCAAAAUUUCAUCCAGAUCAUCCUGAAUUCAACUACUACAUCUCUAAUGAAUGCAUUUGAUGCUCAGACCCUGGAAGAGCUGACUGAGGUUCUCAACACCCUUGCAGCUGUUGACUCAGUAAAGAUGGUCCUAUUCACAUCUGCUGGAAGUACAUUCUGCCAAGGGAUCGAUAUCCCUUCCCUUCUAAUUCAAGAUUUCCAGAAUCGAAGAUGUUACAUCAAGAGACUCAUCAGUGCUCUCAGGAGUUUCCUGAGUGCAUUGAUCUCGUUCCCUAAAACAUUGGUGGCAGCUGUCCACGGUUCUGCCAUUGGCCUAGGAGCUACAAUCCUUCCCUUCUUUAACCUGGUUUAUGCCAGUGACAAGGCUUGGUUCUACACUCCUUACAGUGCAUUGCGCCAGCGGUCUGAGGGAGGAGCCUGCAUUUCCUUUAAGGACCGUGUUGGAGCUUUGCGUGCACAGGCAUUGUUGGUGUUUGGAGUAAGAUUCACAGCAGAACAGAUGUUUCACAAAGGUUUCAUCACAGAGGUCAUAGUGGGGACAUCCCCACUCCUUGACUUUAUCAUGCCAAAGCUUCAGUCCUGGAUGUCAAAUGAUUCAGAGGGGAUCCUGAAGAUGAAGCAAGAGUUUCAGAAGCUGAAUCAUGACGUGCAAUCAGCUGUGUUAAUGGAAGUACCACGGGAGUGCCAAAAGCUGGAAGAGGACUGGAUGUCUCCUGAUUUCCAGACAGCAGCUGAGAGAUUCCUCAGUGAUAACCAGGACCUUUUACGCCUCCAAGUACCACAUCAGAGAUCUUAGUGUAUUCAAUUUUAUUUUAUGUUAGAAAAUGUUCAUUGUGAAUCCUGGGGAGGAAAUCCUCAUGUAUCUCAUCUGUAAGCAAGCAUGAGAUGAAAGCCAGCUUUACUUCAUUCCCAUUGGAAAUGAGAGAGUCUAGAUGGCACUCCAUUCAAACUUGGGGAAACUUGAAGAUGCAUGAUGUAUUCAUUGCUUUAGAUCACCUUUUAGUGAUUUUUCUUUGUUUAGCCUGCAUUUCCUUGAUGAAUUGGGUUAAUUGGGCUCUUGUCACCUUGUUCAGACUUUGCAAUUUUGAUGUCUC